UUUAUAUUCGUUACACUAUUUUAAAUGUUUUUUCUCUCUCUUACAUCAUCCAGUUCUUAGUUAACAUAAUAUACAAAAAAUAAAGAUGUGAAAUGAACUUUUCCUCACUUUCAUAUUUACUCAUACAAUUCAUAUAAACUGUUUUCUGUCUAGUGUCCUACAAGCCAACCGCUGGAAUCUCCAGCACGCUAAUUAAUUAAUCAACAAAUUAAAAAAUACAGUAUAAGUAAUUAAUUUAUGAAUAUUAUCAUUAAUGUCAAUACCCGCGGUAUUUAUGGUGAAUGAUAUUUAGUAAAAUAUAUAAAUAAUUAAUAGUAAUAAUAAUUAAAAAUGGUACGAUAUACAGCACUUAAGGGUCUUUAUGAACUUGAAAAAACAAUCGGUUGUGGUGGUUUUGCAAAAGUUAAAUUAGGUACUCAUUUAGCAACUGGUGAAAAAGUUGCUGUUAAAAUAAUGGAAAAAGCAGCUUUGGGUGAAGAUUUACCGAGAGUUAAAUUAGAAAUCGAUGCAUUAAAAACAUUAUUGCAUCAACAUAUAUGUAGAUUGUAUCAAACAAUUGAAACAACGACACAUUAUUUUAUGAUUAUGGAAUAUUGUUCUGGUGGUGAAUUAUUUGAUCAUAUUGUUGAAAAAAAUAGACUGACUGAAAAUGAAUCACGGAAAUUUUUUCGUCAAAUAGUGUCAGCAGUUGCUUACUUACAUAGUCUAGGUUUUGCUCACAGAGAUUUAAAACCUGAAAAUGUGUUACUUGACAAAGAACAAAAUUUAAAAUUAAUUGACUUUGGGUUGUGUGCUAAACCAAAAGGUGGUAUGCAAACACAUUUACUAACUUCAUGUGGUUCACCAACGUACGCUGCACCUGAAUUAAUAUUAGGAAAAAAAUAUUUAGGUUCUGAAGUUGAUAUUUGGAGCAUGGGAGUUUUAUUAUAUGCAUUAUUAUGUGGAUUUCUUCCAUUUGAUGACAGUAAUAUCGAUAGUUUAUAUAAAAAAAUUUUGAGCGGAAAAUUUGACGAACCACGCUGGCUUUCCGGAAAUAGUAAAUGUUUGAUACGUGCAAUGUUACAGACUGAUCCUAAAAAACGUAUUACUAUUGAAGAACUUUGCAAUCAUCCGUGGGUUGUCAACACAAAUAAUUCGUCGACGUUUGUGCCUACGAAAAAAAAUAUUCUUGAAAGAGAUGAGGAAAUACUAAAUAUGCUAUCAGAAAUAUGUUACGAUAGCGCCGAAAACAUAUGGGAAUCAUUGUUAAAUAGUACAAGAAAUGAUUACAAAACAGCGACAUAUUUAUUGUUAUUAGAUCGUAAAAAUAAAAAAUUACCAUUGAGAAUAUCGUCGGCUUCUUACUGUUAUCUUUUAUCAGAGAAUUGUAGAAACGUAAAAACAAAUCCUACAAAUGACGUCAAAACAAUAAUAACUCAGUUGGAUAAUUCACCACGAAGACCGUCCUCAUUAGCCGUAACAAAUGAAAAUAAAAAAUCAGAUGGCGUGAGAACAUUAUCGCCAAUUCCAUCGAUCGAAGAACCCUCGCCGCCACCUGAAGUUGAUUCUCCAACGAUUUCAGGAGCUCGCAAAAGAGUUCAUGAUAAUAACGGCGAAGACGACGACAAUAUAUCUCCUACUGUACCAGUCAAAAGAAUACAAAUGGAUAAAUUCAACGAAACGGUUCCUGUUACACCAAAAGAUAAAAACAAACUUGGAGUCCACAACACCGCAAAUGCGAAUGCAACUCCAGGUAGUGCUAGGAAAGUAAUAAUUGGCUUAGAACGUGGAUUAAAUCGAAUAAGAGAUGUCUUGACACCAAAAAGGAAAUUUAAAAAUAAUAAUGAUAACUCUACCGAACAACCUGUUGUUCUUAGUGGCAAAGGUCUUUGUAAUGUAUCAUCAACAUCAAGUAAUUGUCCGAAAGAUGUAUUAUCUCAAUUACGCCGCGCUUUACAACGCAAAGGAAUUUUCUGUCGACAAAAAGGAUUUAUUCUACAAGGAGAAACAGAAAUAUAUGACAAUGAAAAUGUAAAGCAAGGCCAGAAGCCGUUCGGGAACCAGAGAAAAAUUUGUUCAUUUGAGCUAGAAGUUUGUCUGCUGGAUGGAUUUUCUUCGACGAAUGACAAACCGGUUGUUGGUAUCCGGAGGAAAAGAUUGAAAGGGGACGCGUGGGUGUACAAGCAAGUGUGCGAAGAAAUAUUGGCACUCGCUGCUAAAGAUGUUAACCCCACAGACCAAGACAAUGUUGAGGCUGUUAAAACACCAUCGGGACAUUGUCUUAUUUAAUUGUCUUACAGUUACAAUGUUCGAUGUAAGAUGCAAGAUGUACUUGCUCUGAUGACUUCAUACGCUUCAUUUAUUUACAUUUUUAUACUUUAACUGUAAAUUAAUACUCGACUAUUCAUUUUUUAAUUAUUAGGUGUUAGAAAUGUUUUUUUACACUAAGGGUGCUGCAGUUUUUUAGUAAAAAAUAAAUUAUAAGUUUUAUUUUAUAGACCAAUAAAAAAACAAA